AUGGAGAUUGACACCGCUGCUGAUUUCUUGAUAAUGAGUAAAAGCAUGUAUGAUCAGAUGUUUAGUCAUUUUCCACUUUAUCCGUCAGCUGUAAAAUUGAAGACCUACACCAGCGAGAUACUUCAGGUAAGUGGUGAGAUGAAAUGUGAGAUUGUGUACCAAAAUAAGACUUUUAGGUUGCCAAUUGUGAUAGCUAACUAUGUAGGGAAACCCACUCUACUAGGUAAAAAUUGGCUUGCCCAGAUGAAAUUAGAUUGGGGCAGGGUUUUUAGCAUAAAAACGUCAGAGCAAAGUAAUGCUAGGGACCAACUUAAUGUGUUACUGUCAAAAUACAAAAACAUGUUCGAAGACAGCUAUGAAGGAAUGAAAGGGUUUGAAGCACAUAUCACUAUGAAAGAUGGGGCAAGGCCAGUGGAAAGGGGCAAGGCCACUGAAAGAGGCUGUAGAAGCAGAGUUAGAAAAACUUGAGAGAAAUGGUGUGAUAAAAAAAACUGAGAGGACAAAGUGGGCAAGUCCAGUAGUAGUUGUACCAAAGGCCGAUAAGUCUAUAAGGUUGUGUGGAGACUAUAAGGUAACAAUAAACCAGUCAGUGCAAGACGAGCAGUAUCCUCUUCCCACUACACAGGAUUUGUACACUAUGCUAACAGGGUCUAAAGUUUUUAGUAAACUCGAUUUAUCUCAUGCAUAUGCUCAGCUAAAUGUUGAUAAAGAGAGUCAAGAGUAUCUUACAAUAAACACACAUAAAGGGUUGUAUAGCUACACUAAGUUACCUUAUGUGGUUAAAUCUGCACCUAAAAUAUUUCAGUCUAAAAUGGAUCAGAUUCUCCAAGGGAUAGAGAAAUGUGUGUGUAAGCAGGAUGACAUUCUUAUUGGUGGGAAUGACUGGAGAGAGAAUCUGAAGAUAUUAGGUGAGGUUUUAGAAAGAUUAUGUCAGCAUAAUGUACACUUAAAACAGUCAAAAUGUGAGUUUUUAAAACCAGAAGUUGUGUACCUAGGUCUUAAAAUUAAUGAAAAGGGCUUGCACCCAGUAGAGGAGGAAGUGGAUGCCGUUAGGAAGGCCCCUGUGCCAUCUAACGUCAGUGAGCUAAGAUCUUUCUUGGGUAUGGUACAAUAUUAUUCAUUUUUUCCAAAUUUGGCAACAACCUUAGCACCUUUGCAUAAGCUUUUAAAGAAAGAUGUCCAGUGGAAGUGGACGUCCGAAUGUCAAAAAGCUUAUGAUGUUUGUAAACAAAGUCUUACUAGUGAUACCCUGUUAGUACACUACGAUUUAAAUAGGAAAUUAAGACUUGCUUGUGAUGCAUCAAGUUACGGACUUGGUACCGUUCUGAGUCAUGUGAUGGACGAUGGUCAGGAAAGACCAAUUGCUUACGCAUCUCGCACACUUAGUCAAACUGAGAAAAAUUAUGCCCAAAUUGAGCGUGAGGCAUUGUCAAUAGUGUUCGGGGUAAAAAAAUUUCACCAGUUUCUGUAUGGUCGAAAUUUUACAUUGAUCACAGAUCACAAACCACUAUUGGCAAUUUUGGGCCCUUGGUCUGCAAUUCCCACACUUGCUGCUGCAAGGAUGCAAAGGUGGGCAUUGGUACUCUCUGCCUAUGAUUAUGUGAUAGAAUACAAAUCAUCUGAAAAACAUGCUAAUUGUGAUGCACUCUCUAGGUUGCCACAUCAAAACUCAACUAUAGGUAGUGAGAGUGCAAUCUACCAGGUAAGUGCAAUCGAUGAUGAUUUUCCAAUUACUGCAAAAGAUAUUGGGAAGGCAACUAAAGUUGAUUCUGUUCUCUGUAAAGUAUAUUAUUAUGUCAUGUCAGGUUGGCCUGAGAAUUGUCAGGAUGAAAAUCUGAGACCAUAUCAUAACCGAAAGCUGGAAUUAUCCUGCGAACAACAUUGUGUUCUGUGGGGCUCCAGAGUGGUUAUUCCACCAGUUUUUAGAGAGAAAAUGCUCAAUGAAUUACAUUGGGAACAUCCAGGUGUAUGCGGAAUGAAAGCAAUUGCUCGCACCUGUGUUUGGUGGCCCAAGAUGGAUGAGGAUAUUGAGAGGGCUGUGAAAGCUUGCACAGUGUGUCAGUCGGUAAGAAACACCCCUCCUCAUGCACCACUGAUACCAUGGAAAUGGCCGACCAGACCAUUUCAACGUGUUCAUAUUGAUUUCUGUCAAGAAGGUAAGGAUUAUUUUCUUGUGGUAAUUGACAGCCACUCAAAGUGGAUUGAAGUAAAACAUAUGACCUCUACUACUACCCAACGUACUCUUGAUGAGCUUCGAUUGAUCUUUGCUGUUUAUGGUUUGCCAGAGGAGGUAGUGUCCGACAAUGGACCUCAAUUUACUGCAACCGAGUUUGUCGAGUUCAUGACUAAAAAUGGAAUCAAGCACACAUUAGUCCCCCCAUAUCAUCCGCAAUCAAAUGGGGCAGCGGAAAGGUCCGUGAGAGUGGUUAAAGAAGCUUUAGCCAAACAAGUUAUUCAAGGCACCCAAGGCGUGUCUAUGAAACAUAGACUGGCAAAUUUUCUCCUUAGGUAUCGAACCACUCCUCACAGCACCACAGGUGUGUCGCCAGGAGAGUUGAUGAUGAAGCGCCGUUUGAGAACAAGGUUGAGUUUGGUUAAACCUGAUCUAGCACAGGUCGUAGAGGGAAAGCAAGAACAGCAGAAAGUGUAUAAAGAUGGGAAAGGAAAGAGUGAGAGAACAUUUGAGAAAGAAAGUGUUCGCGUGUUAAACACUAGAGCAACGAACAAAACUAACAAAUGGAUUUUAGGUACAGUAGUUAAGAGUUGUGGGCCGCGGACAUAUGUAGUAAAAUGUGGAAAGAGAAUGAGACGUGUGCAUCCAGAUCAUUGAUCAAGGCACAGGAUGGUAGAGAGAAUGGUAGCAAUGAUUUAAAAGAUGAUGAUGACGAACCAGAGGUAAGUAUUUCAGAAUCUGGGGAACAGACUGUCGCAGAUGACAAUGGCGAAAUAGCCACCGAGGUAAGUGAAUCACUGAUAGAGGUAGUUGAGAAAAAUGUGACACCUGUGGUGUCUUCAGAUGUUGUUGCCCAGCAGAAAGAUCUUCGGAGAUCUGGGAGAAUCAGAAAGCCAGUAAAUAGGUUUGGAUGGUAAGUAUUUUUUGUUUAUGUUGUUGUUUGACUAAUAUUUAUAAAUAACUAAAAAAAAAAGAAAAGCAGUGUAAUAUAUUAAGGUUCAUAUUAGCAUAAUUUAUGCAUAUGCAGUGUAAUAUAUUAAGGUUCAUAUUAGCAUAAUUUAUGCAUAUCCCAUAAUGCUGUAUGGGAAUAAAAGAAGUGUGUUGUAACUCGACCACGUUGUUUGUUUUGCUUAUAUUCUUAUACUAAAACAAGUCUCAGUAUACUACAUAUAGUAUGCUAUAUUAUAUGUUAUGCUAUAUUUUACUAUUUUAUAUAAUAUAUUACGGAUAUUUGCUUUGCAAAUCAUGUGUAAUAACCCAUCUUUAUAUGUUCUCUAAUUAUAUUAUGUUAUUUAUGUCCUGGGAAGUGAUUCAGCCAAAAGAUACUGUCCAACCCGCAUUUUCCCAUUUUUGACCCCGACAUCUUGUUUGACAAAUGCCGGAUAUCUUUGAAUUUUCAGAAUUUUUUUUGACAGUCAUGACGGCAGAGGAAAAAUAUUAAAAAUCAUGAAAGCACUGGCAAAUAGCAUCAUUUGUUCAGGAAUGACGGAUAAAUAUUUAUAAGGGUGCGCUCAUUGUUCGUACCCCGGGUUCAAAUAGGGUUAACGAAAACUUCGUUGGCUCAAUGUGAGUACUCACUAAAUACUGGGUUUUUUGUUUGUCAUUACUUCUAGCUAAAGAAAAGAUCUUGAUGAGGACAAGAGCUUAAUUUAUGAAAAGUAUGUCUGUGAUGUUUUGGCCACCAUCUCUAGCAUGGCAAAUCCCUUUGUCUUUUAUCAAGCGAACCUUAUUUGCAGCCUAGACCUAGGCCUUCUAGUCUUAUUUAUAUAUUUUUAAUAUUCAGUGCUUUUUCACAUGAAAAGACUGGGACUAGGUGAUUUGGGGGUGGGGCGGAGGAAGCAAGCCUAGAAGGCCUAGUGGAUAUCCCAACAACAAGGGCAAAACUGCCCUGAAACUGCCCUGGUUGCGAAAUGCCCAAUUAUUGCGUUCUCGAACAGAAUUAUUUGCAACUUAACGGCGAAUUUAAACCGAUACAGGUAAAAUAAACUCAUUUAUAGCAUAAACUUACUAUUUUUAUUUGUAUACACGUCUAGAAAAUCGGGUUUUUUUAUCAUAAAGUUCGAAGCAACACUAUUAUUUAAUAUGUUGACAAGGUGUAGCGAAAGCACAAAAUGAGUCAAAAUAUAUACCAAAAGUAGAAUCUUUCUUGAAAUUUUGUCUUAUACACAACUACAUUAAUAUAUAUUUUCUGAAUUUUGGCAAGAAGCAGUCUUGUGUUUGUCGAAUAUACAAAAUAAAACGGAACAUAUAUUAUUAGCCCGUACAGUGCUGUAUAUAACAACGUACAUUGUUUACAAAUGGUAUAUCCGUAAUAUUUGAACAAUAAUUUCAAAAUCCUCAUUCCCAAUUCGCAAAUAUAGUUAUUCAAACAAAACAGUAGAUUGUCUUGCGAAUAAAAGAAUUAUUAUUUUGUGCCGUUUCGCUACACCUUGUCAACAUAUAUCAAUAGUAUUGCUUCAAACUGUAUGAUAAAAACCCCGAUUUUCUAGACCUGUAUACAAAUAGAAAUAGUAAGUUUAUGCUAUAGAUGAGUUUAUUUUACCUGUAUCGGUUUAAAUUCGCUGUUAAGUUGCAAAUAAUUCUGUUUGAGAACGCAACAAUUGGGCAUUUCGCAAUCAGGGCAGUUUUGGCCUUGUUGUUGGGAAAUCCACUAGGCCUUCUUUAUUUUGCUUGCGUCAGGCUUGUGUCCUUCCUCCGCCCCGCCCCCAAAUCACCUAGUCCCAGUCUUUUCAUGUGAAAAAGCGCAGAAUAUUUAAAAUAUAUAAAUAAAAAUAGAAGGCCUAGUCUAGGCUGCCUUAUUUGUAUUUUUAUUGAUGUAGAGGUCCAAACAGACAUUGCUGACAGAAUCCAACAAGCUGAAAAGCUUGGUGAGAAUCGGUUCUCUGAUUUAUGCCAAAACAACUUAUUUACUGAUAAUCCAGAUGUUUUCAUGAAAAUCAAGAAAAAUAUGUUGCAAAAUUUUCCCUCUAAAAAUUGACAGUGAAGGACAGACAAAUCCCCCAAUUAUCAAUGAAGACAAGCAGAGAUCUCUUUGCCAGAUUGCUGAUUUUGCCAAAAACUCGCGAAAUCAACCUGAAAGAAUUGCUCUGUAUAGCCUGAGUGAUUAUCCGCUUUCCUUGGCAACUGUUAGUGAAGGUCUAGUGAAGACAGCAAAAGCCAAGAUGUUCGAAAUUUUAGAAGGUAUGGCUCUUGUGAUGGUAGGGACAGGUGAUAGAUUUUUAAUUAUAAAUUCUUCAGCCUUAUCUGACGUACUUGGACAAGAGCUAUGCUCUUCCUUGCUGGGAUUUCAUGCCUUUUCAGGUACACGGAUUGUUUGUAUAUUGCAUACGUUAGGUGUACGUGGUAAGGAAUUACAAAAACUAAGCAGGAAUGGCGAAGCCAUGGAAGAUACUACAGGACAAUCCGGACUUCGUUCAAAGUUUCUGCGAUCUGGGAAAUUCGUCCACUCUAUCACAGGAUCUUGUCAUGUCGCUGGAUGUAUUUGUUUGUUUGCUGUACGGCGACAAAUCUUCAAAGACUGUAGAUGAGUGCCGAUAAAGUCUUUUCACAGAAGGUAAAUGUUCAGAUGAGACUCUUCCUCCGAACUGUGAUAGCCUGCUGAAACACUUGGACAGAGCAUAUAGUGAAGCAGCUGCAUGGAGGAGUCGUUUCUACCCCCAGUCACAACUUUCCCCCGGUAGGUAAUGGUUGGAGAUUAUCUGAUGGCCAACUAGAGAUUGUCUGGAUGACUCGUCCAUCUGCACCUGUAUGUAGAUUGCAAUUGCAAGACGGCACUGCAAAAAAUCCAUUUUCGCUUUGAGUUAUUUUAACACAUAAAUUUGCGUAAAAUGCAAUGUUUACUCAGAUUAAGAGUAUUUUUACUCGAAUAUGUUGAGUAUACUCAAUAAACUCAAACACCUGAGUAAAAUAUUUUGAGUAAACCACUAUCGUUUACGCAGUUAUAAUCGGUAAAAUUACUCAUUUGAGUAAGUUGCUUCAUAUUUACUCGUUAUUCUCGAGUAGAAUCGAUGUUUUACUCUAACAUUGAGUUAAUAUACUUUCCAGACUGAUCGAUUUACUCAAAGCUGAGUAAAGACUGCGAAUCUACUCAAUAUGAGUAGAAUGUACUGGUCACUCAUGGUUUGAGUAUUUUUACACCGGUAAAUGUUUGAGUAAGAAAUAUCGAGUAAACACCACCAGCUACACAAAUGUGAUGAGUAAAUUUACUCAAAGGGUAAAUUUACUCAAAGACCGUACCAAACAGUUUCCUCAGUGACUACAAUACUCUUCAGAUGAGUCAACUCAAGCAUCGGACAACCGGCUUUACUCACAAGUCAUGGCUGCCGAUCAUCAUGAUCGGGAACUUUGGGAACGUUAUUUCAAGUCCUGAUUCCUGAAUAGAGUAAACGUCAUCUAUAUUCAUCACACGAUAACAACGUUGAACCAUAGUUAAUAAAUAGAAAAACACGAGGUCAUGCACAGUAUAUAUUUCAGUGUUGUUUAUUCUGUGAUGUUAUACUGCGAUCAAAACAUACGCAGCGAUAGUCUUGUCUUAAUCCCCUGCUUUGUUUGCGUCUUGAAAUGUGAAACGACAGUGACGUAAAUCAUAUCUGACGACGCGGUAAGUUCAAAUUUCAGUGCCUCGUGCCUGCUUUGGUGGACAUAUAUUAUUCAUCUGUACCGCGAGGAAUUUCAUGGCGAAAAGCGUCAACUUCUUCUUCUUUUAUAUCGAAGAUGGUAAAUAGUGUAAGAGGCAUGAAGACUUGGCUUACAGAGAUGGGUUUAGGAGAUUGUUGUCUCUCAUUUGAAGGUAUAUUUGCAGAUUUUUUUCAUGUAGACGUUUGGACAAAUAAACAGCAACUGAGUUUGGUUUACAGCGCUUCAUUCGCAUUUGCUUCACUAUAGUUUAAACUUUGUCGCGUCAUGAUUGUCUAUACUUUAGAAUUUUCGAAGCUUCCAACGGGCGUUUAUAACAGAAACAAACUAAAGACGAAAGCGCAUUUCGCAUCACAAAAAGCGUUAAGAUUGAGCGCUGUUAGCCGCUGUGGUAUUGUGGCACAAUGCGCGCCGCCCUCCAUAUGGACGUUUGCAGUUGUAUGUUUGCCUAAAUAUAAGCUACAUUGAUUGAUUAUAUUUUCUUCACUUACAACUCUACGUGUUUACUGACGCUUAAGACAAAUAUUUGUAUGUCUGUAACUGUAUUUAUAAGAAGGUAAAACGGAUUUAACUACAGAAAAUUCAAACCAUCAGCAAGGUGUAAUACGAUACGUUUGCAUUGCCAUUGCGCCUAUUAAGCUCUGACAGCCUGUCUGUUACACAGUUUAUAUGCCACAUGUGUACUCUUUCUAAAGUCUAACGGCAGUAAAGUACGUUUUAUAAAAUGCUUUCAUGUUUCAUAUACUGCUAGAUAAACAAAAUUGCUGACCACGGUGCCAGUGUAAUUUAUUUGUUAAAUAAUCUAAAAGUCUAUAUAUUGUUUGCGUGAUUGAAUUUGGCCGGCCCGACGCGCCAGUCACUUCCUUCAAUUUGAGCUUGCAAUCCGCCAAUCCACAAGAUAGAAGAUUAAAGAAAAUCAUAUAGAAAAUAACUAUUGUAAGAGCAAUUAGUAAUUAUUAGAGUACAUGCAUGCAUGGACAUAAGCUAUUCUCCUGAGAAAGCCUUUCAGCCCGUUCUUUGUUAAUUAAUAUAGAAACCCAAAUACAUGAAGAUGAAUUCAUUGCUUUAACAGAAAGAGAAGACGUUCAGGACGAACGUCUUAUACUUGUGGUAGGUCAUAAAAUGAAAUUUUUUGAAGGCUCUGGGGGGGGGGGGUUGUAAAACCAUUAGCCUGCGAGCAGGCUCUCAUCUUAGAGCCUGAUCGCAGGCUAAAUUCCAUAUUUAUUUUAAAUUAAACUCCCAGCAAAAUACACAAAAGGACUUGAGGUGAGUAUUUUACAUGUAUUAUCAUUGUAUUUUAUUAUGUACUAUACCUUAGAAAGGCUGGGGUGAGGCAAACCCUUCGGUUUUGACAUUUUUCAUCACAUGAAUCAACAUUUUCAAAUUAAUUUAAUAAAGGCACUUCAGUUCAGUAUUUUUAUGACUACAAACAAAUACUGUAAUCUAUAAUUUGUAAAUUUGUUGCUCUCUCUGCCGAAGAUGGCUGAUGUUCUCCAGUUUUGAAGUUUGAAAACAUAUAUGUCUAUCCUUUUGCACUCUGGUGUUGCUGUGCAAGUGUGGCGACAAGCCGCCUUUCGCCGGCACCCCUCUUUGGUGGCUGAUUAACAAAUUGGCCGCCUGAUAUUGGGGACUUGUAUAUAGGCAUAUAUGUGCAUAACAUUAAAAAAAUGAAAGCUUUUUUGAAAUUAUUAAUUAACCUGGCAAUUUGAAAGAAUUAUAAAUUCUCCAGUUUUGAACAACAUAUAUGUCUAUACUUUUGCACUCUGGUGUUGCUGUGCAAGUGUGGCGACAAGCCGCCUUUCGCCGGCACCACUCUUUGGUGGCUGAUUAAAAUUGGCCGCCUGAUAUUGGGGACUUGUAUGUAGGCAUAUAUGUGCAUGACAUUAAAAAAAUGAAAGCUUUUUGGAAGUUAUUAAUUAACCUGGCAAUUUGAAAGAAUUAUAUAUUCUCCAGUUUUGAACAACAUAUAUGUCUAUACUUUUGCACUCUGGUGUUGUUGUGCAAGUGUGGCGACAAGCCGCCUUUCGCCGGCACCCCUCUUUGGUGGCUGAUUAACAAAUUGGUCGCCUGAUAUUGGGGACUUGUAUAUAGGUAUAUAUGUGCAUGACAUUAAAAAAAUGAAAGCUUUUUGGAAAUUAUUAAUUAACCUGGCAAUUUGAAAGAAUUAUAUAUUCUCCAGUUUUGAACAACAUAUAUAUGUCUAUACUUUUGCACUCUGGUGUUGCUGUGCAAGUGUGGCGACAAGCCGCCUUUCGCCGGCACCCCUCUUUGGUGGCUGAUUAACAAAUUGGCCGCCUGAUAUUGGGGACUUGUAUAUUGGCAUAUAUGUGCAUGACAUUAAAAAAAUGAAAGCUUUUUGCAUAUGAUUAAUUAACCUGGCAAUUUGAAAGAAUUAUAUAUUCUCCAGUUUUGAACAACAUAUAUGUCUAUACUUUUGCACUCUGGUGUUGCUGUGCAAGUGUGGCGACAAGCCGCCUUUCGCCAGCACCCCUCUUUGGUGGCUGAUUAAAAUUGGCCGCCUGAUAUUGGGGACUUGUAUAUAGGUAUAUAUGUGCAUGACAUUAAAAAAAUGAAAGCUUUUUGGAAAUUAUUAAUUAACCUGGCAAUUUGAAAGAAUUAUAUAUUCUCCAGUUUUGAACAACAUAUAUGUCUAUACUUUUGCACUCUGGUGUUGUUGUGCAAGUGUGGCGACAAGCCGCCUUUCGCCGGCACCCCUCUUUGGUGGCUGAUUAACAAAUUGGUCGCCUGAUAUUGGGGACUUGUAUAUAGGUAUAUAUGUGCAUGACAUUAAAAAAAUGAAAGCUUUUUGGAAAUUAUUAAUUAACCUGGCAAUUUGAAAGAAUUAUAUAUUCUCCAGUUUUGAGCAACAUAUAUGUCUAUACUUUUGCACUCUGGUGUUGCUGUGCAAGUGUGGCGACAAGCCGCCUUUCGCCGGCACCACUCUUUGGUGGCUGAUUAAAAUUGGCCGCCUGAUAUUGGGGACUUGUAUAUAGGCAUAUAUGUGCAUGACAUUAAAAAAAUGAAAGCUUUUUGGAAGUUAUUAAUUAACCUGGCAAUUUGAAAGAAUUAUAUAUUCUCCAGUUUUGAACAACAUAUAUGUCUAUACUUUUGCACUCUGGUGUUGCUGUGCAAGUGUGGCGACAAGCCGCCUUUCGCCGACACCCCUCUUUGGUGGCUGAUUAACAAAUUGGCCGCCUGAUAUUGGGGACUUGUAUAUAGACAUAUGUGUGCAUGACAUUAAAAAAAUGAAAGAUUUUUGUAAAUGAUUAAUUAACCUGGCAAUUUGAAAGAAUUAUAUAUUCUCCACUUUUGAACAAUAUAUAUGUCUAUACUUUUGCACUCUGGUGUUGCUGUGCAAGUGUGGCGACAAGCCGCCUUUCGCCGGCACCUCUCUUUGGUGGCCGAUUAACAAAUUGGCCGCCUGAUAUUGGGGACUUGUAUAUAGACAUAUGUGCACGACAUUAAAAAAAUGAAAGCUUUUUGGAAAUGAUUAAUUAACCUGGCAAUUUGAAAGAAUUAUAUACUCUCCAGUUUUGAACAACAUAUAUAUGUCUAUACUUUUACACUCUGGUGUUGCUGUGCAAGUGUGGCGACAAGCCGCCUUUCGCCGGCACCUCUCUUUGGUGGCCGAUUAACAAAUUGGCCGCCUGAUAUUGGGGACUUGCAUAUAGACAUAUGUGUGCAUGACAUUAAAAAAAUGAAAGAUUUCUGUAAAUGAUUAAUUAACCUGGCAAUUUGAAAUAAUUAUAUAUUCUCCAGUUUCAAAACAACAUAUAUGUCUAUACUUUUGCACUCUGGUGUUGCUGUGCAAGUGUGGCGACAAGCCGCCUUUCGCCGGCACCCCUCUUUGGUGGCUGAUUAACAAAUUGGCCGCCUGAUAUUGGGGACUUGUAUAUAGACAUAUGUGUGCAUGACAUUAAAAAAUGAAAGAUUUUUGUAAAUGAUUAAUUAACCUGGCGAUUUGAAAGAAUUAUAUAUUCUCCAGUUUUGAACAACAUAUAUGUCUAUACUUUUGCACUCUGGUGUUGCUGUGCAAGUGUGGCGACAAGCCGCCUUUCGCCGGCACCCCUCUUUGGUGGCUGCUUAACAAAUUGGCCGCCUGAUAUUGGGGACUUGUAUAUAGACAUAUGUGUGCAUGACAUUAAAAAGAUGAAAGAUUUUUGUAAAUGAUUAAUUAACGUGGCAAUUUGAAAUAAUUAUAUAUUGUCCAGUUUUGAACAACAUAUAUGUCUAUACUUUUGCACUCUGGUGUUGCUGUGCAAGUGUGGCGACAAGCCGCCUUUCGCCGGCACCCCUCUUUGGUGGCUGAUUAACAAAUUGGCAGCCUGAUAUUGGGGACUUGUAUAUAGACAUAUGUGUGCAUGACAUUAAAAAGAUGAAAGAUUUUUGUAAAUGAUUAAUUAACCUGGCAAUUUGAAAGAAUUAUAUAUUCUCCAGUUUUGGACAACAUAUAUGUCUAUACUUUGCACUCUGGUGUUGCUGUGCAAGUGUGGCGACAAGCCGCCUUUCGCCGGCACCCCUCUUUGGUGGCUGAUUAACAAAUUGGUCGCCUGAUAUUGGGGACUUGUAUAUAGACAUAUGUGUGCAUGACAUUAAAAAAAUGAAUGAUUUUUGUAAAUGAUUAAUUAACGUGGCAAUUUGAAAUAAUUAUAUAUUCUCCAGUGUCGAACAACAUAUAUGUCUAUACUUUUGCACUCUGGUGUUGCUGUGCAAGUGUGGCGACAAGCCGCCUUUCGCCGGCACCCCUCUUUGGUGGCUGCUUAACAAAUUGGCCGCCUGAUAUUGGGGACUUGUAUAUAGACAUAUGUGUGCAUGACAUUAAAAAAAUGAAAGAUUUUUGUAAAUGAUUAAUUAACCUGGCAAUUUGAAAGAAUUAUAUAUUCUCCACUUUCCGAACAAUAUAUAUGUCUAUACUUUUGCACUCUGGUGUUGCUGUGCAAAAACAACAUAUAUGUCUAUACUUUUGCACUCUGGUGUUGCUGUGCAAGUGUGGCGACAAGCCGCCUUUCGCCGACACCCCUCUUUGGUGGCUGAUUAACAAAUUGGCUGCCUGAUAUUGGGGACUUGUAUAUAGACAUAUGUGUGCAUGACAUUAAAAAAAUGAAAGAUUUUUUGAAAUUAUUAAUUAACCUGGCAAUUUGAAAGAAUUAUAUUCUCCAGUUUGGAACAGCAUAUAUGUCUAUACUUUUACACUCUGGUGUUGCUGUGCAAGUGUGGCGACAAGCCGCCUUUCGCCGGCACCCCUCUUUGGUGGCUGAUUUGCAUGGUGGGUGAUUGAUUGGGGACUACAGUUAUUGAAAUAUAUGAAUAAUAUAAAAAUAUUUAAGUGUUUUAGAAAUGAUUAGGUAUAAAAACUCAUAUGAAACAUUAACCUGGAAAUUUGAAAGAAUAUUAUUCAGUCUAACUCUUAAAGUGGCAGUGUGUGUUUAUUUUAUUUAUUAUUUUAUAUUAUACUAUAUUGUUUAUUGUAUACAGUAUUAUACUAUAUGUGGUUUUGGCAUUUCUUUAUACUCAAAUAAUAACCAUUUAUAAGUGUUAUGUUAGAGCACACCCAAACCGAGGGCUGAAUUAAAGGAUAAUGUAGUCCACUCUGCAAUAUUAAUUUCUAAUUAUAUGUUCCUUCUAUUUAUGUAGGAAAGUUAAGAUGUAGAGAGUUUCGUGUCAAGCAAAGAUCCAAAAGAAUUGCCAUUUCUUGUAUUGGUUGUCUGGCGACCGUUGAAUGCAAUUUCUCAAAUCUUUAUUGUCGCUGACUUGCUUACCAGUACUUUUUUGAGUUAAGGGUGGAAUUGUGGAACUGAUGGCAUGAACUCGCAUUCUGAUUUCGAGAGGAGGCCAAUUAAUGAAAUUAGGAAUGACAUAUACUAGUAAUAUGAACUGAAUAAAAUCUGAACUCAGUAGGAAAGGGCAAUUGCUCUUGCACUGUAUAUACAGUAGGUAUCGUAUAUACUGUAGCUCAUUGCAGUAUUUGCAUCGGUUUGGUUCGAAUGUUGCAUCUUUACUCUGAACGGAGUGCAUGCGUACAACCAUGCAGGUAUUGUAGGUCAAAAUCACUUUGUUUGUUACUACUGUAUAUGCUAAUAUAAUUUGUUCUAUAUAUUUGGGUAAAUAUAUUAUUUUCACAGACACAGUUGUGUUGAAAUGACUAUAUAGUAUCUGACUUUAUAUUAUUUCUUUCAGUCAUGGCCUUACUCGGAACAAUGAGUAAAAAGGUACUCAGCUUGCUGGGAAAAAGGAGAAUGUUUAAAAUUUUAACGUUAUUAUUUUACUCAGAGAUUUGAGUAGUUUUGUACUCAUUGUUUUGAGUAAGGCACUUCUUUUACUCACUGUGAGUAAAUAUCGCACUUUACUCACGUUUUAGGUGUCACUGGGAAUGGAUUUUGGUUUACUCAAAAACUUGAGUAAAAUUUUACUCAUUGUUUUGCGUAAAACCUGCAGUUUACUCACUGUGAGUAAAAAUCGCAUUUUACUCACGUUUUAGAUGUCACUGUGAAUGCAUUUUGUUUUACUCAGAAAU